GAUACCAUUAGCAGAUAAAGCAGUCACUAACACCAAGUUUCACCAACACAUUUGCUGGGAUUAUCUUCACUUUAAAUCUGACAAGUGAUUCUUACGGUUUUGCGCUCGUUUACCUCAAGUUGAUCAACAGCUGACGAUGUAAACAAACUAAGGCAUGAGCAGGUAGUAUCAGUCGUUUGACUUAGGUGUUAAGUGUAGUUCACUUAGGGCCACACAACCAUUAGCCUAACAUGCUUUCAGUUAGGUCUAUGGUUUGUAAACCUGAAGGGCAAGCCAAUGCACCAAGUAAUGGACCAAUCAUGGAUGCUGGAGAUGAGAUAAAUGAAGCUACAUCAGUCACAGAAGAAGAGAUUCGUCCCCUGAAAAGCUUAGAAGAACUUCUCAAAUGGAAAGAACCAAAGAGAUGUGUUGCAGAGAUACAGCAUGUUUCGCCAUUAUGUUCUUACACUUGUUCUAAGGCAUCAACCCACCCUCUCACUCUUGUGUGCCAUGACAUGAAAGGAGGCUACUUGGAUGAUAGGUUCUACAAGGGGUGCAAGAACAAGGAUGCAUAUAGAUUCUAUAAUUGGUCUGGUGUUAAUGCAUUUAUAUACUUCAGCCACUCUCUAGUGACAAUACCCCCUCCAGGAUGGGUCCAUGCUGCACACCUGCAUGGGGUUAAAGUUCUAGGAACAUUCAUCACAGAGUGGGAUGCAGGUGCUGAAAUUUGCAAUGAAAUAUUGGCUGACAAGUCAUCAGUUCAGAAUGUAGUACUGCAGUUGACCAGAAUAGCCAAGUACCAUGGUUUUGAGGGCUGGCUUCUCAAUAUUGAAAACAAAAUAAACCCAGAACAGAUUGGCAGAUUAACUGACUUUGUUGAAAGACUGACAUCUGCCAUGAAGGAAGUUUGUCCUAAUGCAGUGGUCCUGUGGUAUGACAGUGUCACCAAAGAAGGAGACCUGAAGUGGCAGAAUGAGCUGAAUGAAAUGAACAGGCAGUUCUUUGAUGUCUGUGAUGGAAUAUUCCUCAAUUACACCUGGAGUGAAGAUAGCCUUAUACGAUCCAGGGAGGCUGCUGGUGAAAGGAAAUUUGAUGUCUGGGUUGGGUUGGAUGUGUUCGGAAGAAACUUCUAUGAAGGAGGGAAAUUCAACACACACAAGGCCUUAGAGGUAGUCAGAGCACAGGAACUGUCAGCUGCCAUCUUUGCCCAAGGUUGGACGUAUGAGACACAGGAGAACUUUGUAGAGGCUGAGAGCAAGCUGUGGCUCUCCCUGUCACCCCACCUCUGUCAUCAUGGACCAGCAGAUCUACCUUUUAAAACCUCAUUCUGUCAGGGCUUUGGAGAGAAGUUAUUUUCCCAGGGUGAGGUAGUAUGCAGUGACAACUGGCAUAACUUAUGCAAACAGCAGUACCAGCCUCUGUGGUCUCAGGAAAAUAAUGAUGGGAACUUGUCUCUGGUUACCACUGAAGCAUUUUCUGGUGGAGGCUGUUUAAGAGUGACAACUUCGAAGCCAACAAAGAUCAGGUUGUUGACAUGCAAAAUAAGCUGGAAGGUUGCUCUGGUAGUAUCCUUUACAUACAAAUGGCAGAGCAAAUCUACGGUCCCUUUUAGCCUGAUUCUUUGCCACAAACCGGCAGCAGGAAACUCCACAGGCCAACCAUCAGAGGAAGACAUUAUCCUACAUUGUGAGGAUGACACAAAGACAGCGACAAGCGAAAACUGUCCGAGCCUUGUGGUUGACACUGGCAUUAAUGGAUGGAGACAGAAGACAUUCUCUGUUCCAGAGGAUGAAGAAAAGGAAGUGUGUGAAGUGGAUAUUUGGGUUGAUGGAGAAGCGUCACUUCUCAUAGGAGAGUUACACAUCUAUAAUCGUUGCAUUAAAGGUUUGCAAAAAUAAUCAUAACCUGUGCUGGUGGGUCCCUGUCCCCCCGUCACCAAAAAAAAACUGUAUUGCAGUAAGCUGGAGAAAAUGAUAUAAGCAUUUAUCUGUGUAAAGAUAGUCAGAACAUACCACCUGCAGGACAUGUAAACCAUCCAUUAACUGUCAAACCAUUAAUAUGAUAAGUUGAUAAAUAACUUUUGUUGUCUUUUACCCAUUUUACCGCAUGUGCCUGAAUAUGACAAUUUCUGUAUAUUGUACUUUAGAGGUUUGAUGCUUCUUGGUAAGAGAGACCUAGCUUAUGAAUUGAAAAAUAAUGAUUUUUUUUUUUUUUUUUUUUUUACUUUAUUAUUUUAUAAGAUGAAGUUGUGAAUGGUAAUUUAUUACUACUAGUAAUCAGAGAAAUGGGAAUGUGUACAGAACUUUAAAGCCAAGAAUUGCUUUAAUAAGCAAGAUAAAUAAAGUUGUCCUUUAAAUUUAAUAGUAACUAAUCCUAAGAAUACCAAGUAUGUAUUCUUUAGAACUUCCUCAAACUGCAUUAGGUAAAUUGAUGUAACUCCAAAAUUUAUGUAAAAUUUUUGAAGCUGAUAUUCAUGAUAACUGAUUAUUUAUAGAAUUAUAUUUGAGUAGUUUCACUCUUUAAAAGAAUGAGAAUAGAAUAAUGUUAAGAUGGAUUUAUCUCCUAUUUAUCUGAAAAGUAUUCAUAUUUUAGAUUUGUUGUCAUUUUUUUUCUUUCUUUUUUUAGAUUUAUUGUUUAUCAAAGUAUAGGAUUCCUAUGUAUUAUUAUUAUUUGA